CGCACAUAUUUUUUUUUAGAAGUUAGGUUAGGGAUGGGGGGGUCGGACAUAAGAACAACCUACGCUACAGUUCUGUCAGAAUUAUUUUUAUUGUGAUCUUUUAUACCUUUGAUAACUUCAAAAAAUAUUUUUACAUUUAUAUUAUGAACAUUUAAGUUAAACAUAUAAACAUUCCCAUUUUUUGCUUUGCCACCUGAUUUUUUUUAAAUUAAAUGUUCUGUCUUGCAAAAAUAUUUUCAUAAAUACUAAAUUAAUAGCCAGUUUUAGUUUAAAAAACAAAAACAAAAAACGUUUUCUGGAGAUUGUCCGCAAAUGUUCCGACUGCACUUGAACGCAGCUCCCUGCAUUUGAAUUUGCGGUGUUUCCGCAUGAUCAGAAGGCGCAGAUUCGCCGCAGAUCCUGCUAUGGAGACCGCCCGGGCUGGUCUCCUGCUUCUCCUCCUGUCGGUGGCUUCGGCUGAUCGAGUCCAAACCAGGAGAAGUGAAGCACCUGUGCGCUUGUUCACCGAGGAGGAGCUCCGCCAAUAUGACGGCAGCGAGGAGCACCGCCCUAUUUACAUGGCAGUGAAGGGGGUUGUGUUUGAUGUCACCAAGGGAAAAGAAUUUUAUGGCAAAAACGCUCCAUAUAACGCUUUGACAGGCAAAGACUCCAGCAGGGCGGUGGCCAAGAUGUCCCUGAACCCGGAAGACCUGACCUCAGAUACUACCGGCCUCACUGAGGAGCAGCUGCAGUCCCUGCAGAACAUUUUUGAAGGCACAUACAAAGCCAAGUAUCCCAUCGUGGGGUACACUGCAUCCCGAAUCCUCAAGGCUGAUGGAAGCCCCAACCCAGACUUCAAACCAGAGGAGCAGCCUCAGUUUCAGAUUAAAGAUGAAUUCUAAUGGUUGCACAUUCCAGAAUUAAGCUGGGUUGUUGUUCCACACAUCCACAGACCUGAUCUAAAACCUCAAAGUUUGGUUAAGCUGGAGAACAUUCUUUCUUUUUUCAGCUCUGGACUGUGCUGCUGUAAGCUCCAUGGGCUUCUUACUUCUCUCUUAAGAACCCUGAUGUUAAAUCCUGAAAAUAAAAACUUUAUGGAAGAUUAUGGUAAAUGCAUUCAUAUGAAAAUAAGGAAUAAACAUUUACACUCUUA